AGGCAGAGGAGGCGGACUUUACGCAGAAGCCUGUGGGCGCAGCUUAUGCCAAGAGAAGAACUCCGCCCGGAGCAGGGGAAAGAGGAGGGGCCUCAGGCGUAGCCCCUGCCCGGUGGUCGUUACGUUUCCCUUUGCCGCCUUGUGCCGAGCGCUGCGGUGUGCCCAUUGCUACUGUUAGCUCUUCCCAUCGAGAUUCCGCGUUAAAGUUAACCCGAUCGCGACUAUCUCGGAAGCCAAAAGUUGAAAGCAGCAUAUAUGUCGGCGGAUGAGCCGGCCCAGCUAUUGCAAACAACACUAUUAUCCUCACUCUGAUCGUAGCAAUCCUUUCAGCCCAGUUGGGGACGGGGGAAGAGGUGGAGAUGAGUUCUCAGCAGUUUCCCCGGUCUGGAGCCCCUCCUGCAAGUCUAGGACCAGCUCCUCCUCCAAUCUCCACCAGUGCAUCUACUGGAUUGAUAAAUGCAACAACUACAGUAGUGAGUGAUGAACCCAGUCGAGAAUUGGAAGUUACUCCCAGAGAUCACGUGGUCCCUGGUGGCUCUCUGCAGUGUCGUGAAGAGAAGCAGGAAACGGUGGUAGUUCGGCCAUAUCCGCAGGUGCAAAUGUUGACUCAGCACCAUACGGUACAGCCUGGUGUGCCGGUUACAGUAGCAGCUCCUCCAGCACAUCUAGCUCCAGCAGUGCCACUUUCUUUUUCUGAAGGACUUAUGAAGCCUCCGCUGAAGCCUACCAUACCCAGCCGUCCUAUAGCACCAGCUCCACCCUCUGUUCUCUCUGGUCCCACCAAAGUCCCAGGGCAGGUUACGGUAACAAUGGAGAGCAGCAUCCCACAGGCCUCUGCUAUUCCCGUAGCAACAAUCAGUGGACAACAGGGACAUCCCAGCAAUGUGCACCAUAUCAUGACAACCAACGUUCAGAUGUCAAUCAUCCGAAGUAGUGCUCCUGGGCCACCCUUACACAUUGGAGCAUCUCACUUACCUCGAGGUGCUGCAGCUGCUGCUGUGAUGUCCAGUUCUAAAGUAACAACAGUCCUGAGGCCAGCUUCACAGUUGCCAAACGCAGCAACAGCUCAGCCAGCAGUUCAGCACAUCAUUCAUCAGCCUAUCCAGUCCCGGCCUCCUGUGACAACUUCAAGUACCAUACCUCCUGCUGUAGUAGCAACAGUCUCAGCCACACGGGCCCAGUCACCUGUUAUUACUACUACAACAACACAUGCCACAGACUCUACCCUCAGUCGGCCAACGUUGUCUAUUCAGCAGCACCCACCUUCUGCACCUAUCAGUAUUCAGCGUCCUGCACAGCCACGGGAUACAGCAACCAGAAUUACCCUACCUUCCCAUCCAGCCAUAGGAACACAAAAACAACCACUUCACACCAUGGCUCAGAAAACAAUAUUUAGUACUGGUGCUCCAGUGGCAGCAGCAACUGUGGCACCUAUUUUAGCAACCAAUACAAUUCCGUCAGCAACUACAGCUGGUUCUGUAUCUCACACUCAAGCGCCUACAAGUACAAUUGUCACCGUGACUAUGCCCUCACACUCUUCCCACGCAACCGCUGUGACCACCUCAAACAUCCCAGUUGCUAAAGUGGUCCCUCAGCAAAUUACACACACUUCCCCUCGCAUCCAGUCUGAUUACACUGCAGAGAGGAGUAAUCUCAUUCCUUUAUCUGGGCACCGUGCAUCUCCAAAUCCAGUUGCAAUGGAAGCUAGAAAUGAUAACAGACAGUCAGUACCUGUUCAAUUCCAGUACUUCUUACCAACAUAUCCACCUCCUUACCCUUUGGCUGCCCACACUUACACACCUAUUACCAGCUCCGUGUCCACUAUACGCCAAUAUCCUGUUUCUGCUCAGGCCCCCAAUUCUGCCAUAGCAGCUCAGACUGGAGUUGGAGUAGCCUCCACAGUUCAUCUUAAUCCCAUGCAGUUGAUGACAGUGGAUGCAUCUCAUGCCCGUCAUAUCCAAGGCAUUCAAUCUGCACCAAUUGGUGCACAGGGUAUACAACCAGCACCCAUCAGUGCACAAGGAAUACAGUCUGCGCCAAUUGGAACCCAAGGGCUACAUCCAGCUGCACCAAUUGGUGCACAAGGUCUUCAGACGGCACCAAUGGGUGCUCAACAACCACAAACUGAAACCAAGGCAUCAGUGGUCUUGGCAGAUGGAGCUACCAUUAUGGCCAAUCCAAUUAGCAAUACAUUUAACACUGCUCCAGCUUCAACUACUGUGGUGCAAGCCCAUAGUCAGAAUGCCAGUUCUAGCACACCAGCCCAGGGUUCGUCCCCUCGCCCAAGCAUUCUCCGGAAGAAAACCACUACAGAUGGGUUGGCAGUAAGGAAAAGCCUCAUCCCCCCUCAGCCCUCUGAGGUACCUGGCACUCGAGUGGAGAGUUCUAUGAGGAGUGCAUCUGGAUCACCAAGACCAGCAGGUGCCAAGCCAAAACCAGAAAUCCAUGUAUCUAUGGCCACUCCAGUAACUGUGUCUGUGGAGGCAGUACCUAUUCAGAGCAACGAGCAACCUCCCAUCACAGUCCCCGCUUCCCAGCAGCCACCACCUGCCAUUCCAACAAUCAUCACAGCAGCUAGUCCACCUUCACAGCCCGCAGCAACCCUAUCAACCAUUCCAGGAACUGUUCCAGCUGCUGCACCUACUUCAACUACAAUUGUGGCUGCUCCUCCACCUCCGUCAAACAUAAGUGGUGUUCUCUCUACAGUAUUGGGCCCUGUUGUUCCAGAGAUAAAAAUAAAAGAGGAAGUGGAACCUAUGGACAUAGUGCGCCCAGUGUCAGCUGUUCCUCCAUUGACUACAAAUACUAUCUCCCCAUCUCUUACAUUGCUGGCCAAUAACCUUUCAGUGCCUCCAAGCGAUUUGCCACCGGGUGCCUCCCCGAGGAAAAAACCACGGAAGCAGCAGCACAUAAUCUCUACAGAGGAAGGGGAUAUGAUGGAGACUAAUAGCACUGAUGAUGAGAAAUCCACUACCAAAGGUUUGCUGGUAAAGGCAGAGAAGCGCAAGUCACCUCCAAAGGAAUAUAUAGAUGAAGAAGGUGUGAGGUAUGUGCCUGUACGUCCACGACCACCCAUAACACUGCUUCGUCACUAUCGCAACCCAUGGAAAGCAGCCUAUCAUCACUUUCAGCGCUACAGUGAUGUCAGAGUGAAAGAAGAGAAGAAGGCUAUGCUACAAGAGAUAGCUAAUCAGAAAGGUGUAUCCUGCCGUGCACAAGGGUGGAAAGUCCAUCUUUGUGCAGCACAGUUACUGCAGCUGACUAAUCUGGAGCAUGAUGUGUAUGAGCGACUUACCUCCCUGCAAGAAGGGAUCAUUCCCAAGAAAAAGGCAGCAACUGAUGAUGAUUUGCAUCGAAUAAAUGAACUGAUACAGGGGAAUAUGCAGAGAUGUAAGCUCGUAAUGGAUCAAAUAAAUGAGGCUCGAGAAUCCAUGCUAAAGGUGUUGGAUCACAAAGAGCGUGUUCUGAAACUUCUCAACAAGAAUGGAACUGUAAAGAAAGUAUCCAAAUUGAAGAGAAAAGAAAAGGUCUAGAGCCAGAGGUAUUAAGACUCUGGAAACCAAGAUUGUACAGAACAGUGUUAAGGCUCUUUUAUUUUGGGGUUUAUUUUAAAGAGCUACAUCUGAGUAAAAAGGCACAUUUCUGAGAAGGACAGUGGAUGGAUGAAUACGUUGGAGCCCAGUGACCUUAAGGGAUUAUUAUUGAUCUAUCAAAGGAACAAAGAUUUUUCUCAGGCUCAUCCCUGUUUAAACUCUUCCUACACAGUCACAUUUUGUUUAGCUCUCUUGAUGUGCCAGUGCCUAUUCAUUGGAACCAUUGAUGCAAACAUUAUAGACAGUCCCCCUCCUUCCAUCGUACAGUUUUAGAGAUAACUUCACAGGUUUGUACAAUGGAUUCUGCAACAGACCUCAAGAAUCAUCAAUCUUGAAACUGUUUGGAAAUGACACUACUUCCACCUAGCCAACUCAGUUUUUGCUCCUUAUGACCUUGCAGUAGCUGGAACAGCCUUCAUAAACCUAGUGUCAUUGUAUUGGUGUUUCCGCUACAUUUAGAAUCAUAAGUGGUUCUGAAGUCUCUAGCCAUCAUUUUUUUAAAAAAAUACAUUUCAAAGUGAUUUGUAGUGUUGUGGAGUGUGUGUGCUCAUGUUGGUGCUCUGGGAUAUUGUUUUCAAAGUACUGUCAUACAGCACAGUACUUCCUGUAGCUGGUGUGAUGCUAUUCAUUGUGUUACAUACAAUUUGUGGUAUAUAUAACAACCUAACAACAUAAAUAAAGAAUUUGGAGGAUUUUGUAUAAGAACCGUUGGGUCUAAUUGUAAACUACAGGUCCCAGCAAAGGAAGACCAAAUAAGAUACUGUGGGAGACUAACUGCUUUCCUUCUGCUCAGUAAAAAAGAACAGAUUGGUAACAUAAGACAACUACAUUUCAGCCUUCAGGGUUUUCAUCCAAGUUUCUUUAUUUCUGUAAUCAGUGCUAUCAGUCCUCUUAAUCUAUCCUAUAUACUUAUGGUACCAACACAGCAAUCCAAAGUGGAGUAAUCUCCUAGGGGGCAAAUAUACUGGCAAUUCGCCUAUGCACACUCUGGUGCGUUCAAAUUCAAUUCAGGGAGAGGCCAGUGCCAGGAAAAGGAAAACGAUCACAUCUGAAAGAGGGUAACACACCCAUGGUAUCCAUAGCAAUCCUACCCAGAGCAGCCAAUCCAAAGACUGCUGCCACCAUGUACAAUGCCAAUCAGGCACAAAAACAUAUGUCACCCCCACUUUGCUGGGUACCCAAAGGAUCACCCAUUCAGACAUAGUAAGGCUCCAUGAGUUACCAAUAAGCAAAGGUGCAGUGGCUCAGAGCAGAUCUGCUGAUGCAAAGAUAGGAAGCCAGGAGGAUAGCCCCCUCACCCCAGGACCAUGGGCUCUUCAAUGUCUUGCAUUUUACCCAAAGCCCAGAUCCAAAAGGUGUUGGUGGGAGUGCCUGUUGCAGGGUCUUCAUGGGAGUGGGACAGUGAUGUUCCAGAACCCUUGGAAGGGGCACUCUGCUAGGCAGUCGGUGGGAGGGUAGCCACCAUACCCACAAAGGCUGUUGAACCCUAGAGGAGUAAUAUGUCUGCACAAAAGAGGGGAAGACAGUCUGUUCUAUGGACAGUUCACAAAGUCAUUGCCCAGGUACUUUGCCAAGCCCAGCUUUUGGCACCUCUCUAGGAGUACCGAGUGGAGCCACCACAUCCAUAAGAAGCGCACACAUCUACCUCCAAGUCUCAAGGUGAACGAGAGAAAGAGGAGUUGCAGCUGGGCUGAUUGGACAGCCUCUUUAGUCACUGCCAAUUCUUUCCUUUGUGGCUGCUAUGGCACGACCACAUCCAUCCCCAUGGGAAUCUCUGCAACUUGUCCUUGUGCUUUGGACCAACAGGAACACAAUUAGAAGUGGUGCCACACCUGUGAUCUCACAUGGGAUGCUUCCAGGCCUUUCAGUUGGGCAAGUAUGCCACUGAGGCACUCUUUCAGAGGCUGUCAGGCCCAACCUCCAAGGUCCACUCCAAACUAACAGCAAUAUCCACCUGUUCCAGAAGAUCCUCCUAUCAGAGAAUGAUACUGGGAUUGGUAGUUGUGCCCCUAGAGUCUGCUCCAAAAGAGUAUUUAAGGAUUCCUUUUGGUAUAAGAGUGUAAUCUGACAUGGGAAAUGAAUAAACAAGACAUAUGAGCAGCAUGGAGUAGUGCCCCGAGAGAGUUCUGUGGCGAGUUGGGCUUAGAAGCACCA